AUUUAGACAGCACUAGACUUUUAUUUUGGUCUGGAGGUGUGACGUCAUAAGACUGCGCCGCGCUCCUGCGUAUGUUGUGAUUCGGCUGAAAAAAGAAAAACGACUGGGGAAUCAACUGUAAAGAUGGAGUUUAUUAAAGAGGAAAAUGAAGACAUGAAGAUUGUAGAAGUAUUCAGUCUGAAACAAGAAGAUACCGAGGAACAAACAAAGAUGGCAUUUAUUAAAGAGGAGAGUGAAGACAUAAACAGUGAAGUAAUCAGUGUGAAAAUAGAAGAUACUGUGGAACAAACAAAUAUGGGGUUUAUUAAAGAGGAGAGUGAAGGUCUGAGGAUUGAAGAAGUAUUCAGUGUGAAUCAAGGAGAUACUGAGACACAAAAAAAUAUGGCGUUAAUUAAAAAAGUGAGUGAAGACAAAAAGACUGAAGAAGCAUUCAGAGUAAAACAUGACACUGAGGAACAAACAGAAUGCCCGCUGUGCCUUCGUGGGUACCACCAGCUCAGCCAGCAUCUGAGGGUGUCCCACAAGGUCAUCAACAGUCAAGAGCGCAAGCUGCUGCUUGCCAUUUCCUCGGGGAGGGUCGACGUCCGCAAGGGCACCUGCCCCGUGCCCGGCUGCAGCAAGUACACCACCCGCAUUGACCGCCACCUAAAGGGCCAUACUGAGUUAACGAGGGAAGCCCAGCAAGAGACCAUACAGGCGCUGAAGAGAAAGAAGAUUAUUCAUGACCUCGCAGAGCUGCGAGCAAGCAACCCAGCUGUGCCUAUGGCCUCGACUCUAGAUCAGGAGGAGGCUCAAGAUUUGGAGGAUACUGCCCUCCCUCCGGAGGAGGAGGAGGGGACCUGCGACAACCCCUGCUGCCAGCAGGCCAGCAAACGGCUCCAGGAUCAGGUGGUGAACCUCAAAAGACAGGUGAAAACACUGAAAAGUGUUCUCAGAGACAUGACCCGUCGCAAGCGUCUGUUGAGGAGGAGAUCACGGUCCAUCCCCUCCACCCAGGUUGCCCAGGUCACGAGCAAACAUUUAAUGGCUCUUCGCUCCCCUGAGAAGGAAGUGGAGAAGGAGGAAGGCAAGCUCCAUAACAGGCCCUCGGGGAAAUCGGGCAGCCAGGGCCUCCUGAACAAGCCCCCCAUCACCCAGCCGUCAUCACAGCAGUGGGAGGAAUACCCUUUCCCGGACCACGUGGUGGCACUUAAUGUCCUCCUGGAAGAGUACUGGGGCCACCAUGAUGGCGCCAACCUCACUCCGGAGGUCAAAAACAAUGUAGCCUCAAAGGUUUUCCACAUCCGACAUUUCAUUGCCUACAUGGCGGCAGGGAGAUCAGACCUGGCCAGUCUGACCUUCCUCAACCAAACCAACCGGAUGGAGUCCUGGCUCAACUCACUGACUGAGGCUAAAAUCAACAAGACAACUAUCCACCAAUACCUGAAAAACAUUGUCCACUUCCUUGAUUACCUGGCUGAGACCCCACCACCCACUUGUCAGCUCUCAAAAUUGGUGCUGGUGGGCAUCAGGAGGGAGGCCAGGGCAAUGUUAAAAUUGUUUUGGAGGAAAGAAGUGGUGCCUGAGGUUGCCUUCAAACAGGCCAAGGAAGACGGCCUCAUUCCGAAGGCAAUGUUAAAAGAAUGCCUCUCCUGUGCCAAGCGGAUGAUUCCAAAGAUUCUGGCUUGCCUCAGGAAGUCGGGGGACAAGAAGGACCAGUGGUCAUUUUACGGACACCUCACUGCAUACAUGGCCUGCCUCUAUGGCCAUCGCGGAGCGGUGUUCCAGAACAUGACUAUAAAGGAGGUGGAGGAAGCCCAGCAGACUGCCAGAGAGGGCACCUAUGUUAUCACCAUAUCAGCUCACAAGACCAACCAGGCCUUUGGGGCAGCCCACCUGGCCAUGGAUGCUGAGGAGUAUGGGUGGCUUGAGGAAUUUUUAUCAAUGAGAUCCAUCUUGGUGGGCGGGAAAGAUGCCCACUACUUUUUUUUUACGUCCAAGCCCAGCAUCUGCAAAAAUUUUAACCAAUAUUUCCAGGAGGCAUGGGCUGGCAUGGGCUUGCCUGGGACGCCCACGUUCACUGAUGUCAGGACCUCCAUCGCCACCCAUGCAAAGAACACCCACUGCCCCGACGACUGGUAUAAAGUGGCAAAAUUCAUGUGCUAUGAUACCUCCACAGCUGACCGAUUUUAUGCAUUGAACUUAAAUGCAAAGCAGAUAGCAGAACACCGUCGUUUGUUUGAGUUAGCUGUCAGGGGUGAGGAAACCACACCAGUAAAAAAAGUGGAGACCCGGAAGCGUCCCAUCACCUCCAGGCAAAAGAGGGCCUGCAAGCGGGCAGCCAGACUGUCCUCCUCCGCAGAGACCUGAUGGCGCUGAAAGAGGAGAGCCAAAAACCCAAUGAAAAUUACCAUGAUUUCAUAACUGGAGACAUUUUUUUUAGCUGCUCUCAGACUGAAAAUACUUACUCCAAAAAGGCAAGAGCUAGAAGUAAUUUCACCUGCCAAGAAUGUGGAAAGGGUUUCAGUCAUCAUGGACACCUUAAAGCCCACAUGAGAGUUCACACUGGAGAGAAGCCUUUUACCUGCCAACAGUGUGGGAAAAGUUUUGCUGAAAAAGGGAACCUUAAAAAACAUAUGAGAGUUCACACUUUAGAGGGCCCUUUCAGCUGCCAAGAGUGUGAGAAAAGUUUUACUCUAAAAUACAGCCUUAAAGCCCACAUGAGAAUUCACAAUGGAGAGAACCUUUUCACCUGCCAACACUGUGGAAAAUUUUUUCAUUCAAAGAGAAAGCCUUAAAAUCCACAUGAGAGUUCACACCGGAGAGAAGCCUUUCAUAUGUGAUCAGUGUGAAAAGAGCUUCAGACAAAAAGUCACCCUUAAUUACCACAUGAGGAUUCACUCAAGAUAGAAAUGUUUUAUGUGUCAUCAGUAUGGAAGGAGUUUCACAGUUGAGGAAAGCCUUAAUACGAACAUAAGAGUUCACACUGGAGAGAAGCCUUUCAAGUGUCUUUAGUGUGAGAAGAGUUUCACAUAUCAAACAGACCUGAAAUGUUAUUUGCAAACUCUUUCUGGGAAGAAAUUGCAGGAAAAGGAGCAAUUUCAAAAAUCACCUUCACAGAUGAUUUAAUUGUGGUCAGUGUCAAUGGGGUCGAUUAAAAUGGGGUCAGAUUA